AAGAUGUUUACCCAUGAAGAGGGUAACUGCAUGCGCUCUCUAGUGCUUGUUACAAUCACGUGCUCGACAGUAGCCAAUGGUAUUGCGCGACUGUCCUCGUCGUAAGCACCUGCGUUCGUCUAUGUCGGAGCACAUGGUGAGCGUGUGCACUGUGCCGUCAGUCAUAUGGGAAGAGGAACGUGUCAAUCUUCGCACCGAUCGCAGGCUUCCUAGUGCUCUCACGCAAAUGAGCAACCAUUUCGGUCCCAGCGACGCCUUCAGCACACCAGAGCCUUGCGUUGCUUAGAGCGAUAUGGCCCGCAAGAAAGGCGAAACUCUGAAGCCUGCGCCGGUUCAAUCGGCUCAGCAUGUGCUCGACCGGCUCAAUGAUUUUCUAGUAAAGAAUCCCAGCAGCAGCCUUCUUGGAGAGCUCUAUCAGACACUGGUCAGCUCUGAUGGCGUGGAGCAAGUGGCUGCCAUAAAAAAGAUUGAACAAGAGCUCCAGCAGUGCAAGGAUGUGGUCCUGCAGGAACUAACCGUGGAAGUUCUGUCCAAUGUUGUUAUUACGGCCAGCCAUGGGCAACAUGUCAAAAAGGCUGCGUUCAGAGUUCUGGGAGCCAGUUUUCCUGCUGCUGCUGUUCUGCCUCAGCUGUCUGCGGCAUUGAAGGACUCUCUCUUUAUGUCAGAUACGAAUUUGGGCAAGAUUUCGCACAAUGUGGAAAACCUUUUGUACUGCUUGUCUGAACCACUAGGAGUGCGAUCGGUCGAGCGCUGCUUUUCUGAUGUGCUUUUCUAUCUCAAGUCGGUGCUCAACUUAGGCAUUGAUACAAUUGGGACUUGUUGUGGUGACACUCAAGUUGUUGGAGAUUGUUACCAACUCCUCGCCAAAGUGGUCAAAGCGGUGGGGCUCCUUGUGCAAUUUGCCACAGGGCAGCGCAAGAACUACUCACUGAAACCCUGCGCAGAGACCCUCAUUGCUUGGACAGAGGAGAUAUUUCCACCCCUGCUCCACCUUCUCAAAUCAGACUCUUCAAUCCUGACUUGCAAGCUGAGUACAGGCACCGUCCUCCCGCUGGUCCUCAGAGUCAGGAACGAUGGCCAGCUUCAGAAGGCAUUUGAUCCGUGGCCCAAGGAUUGGUUUCGGGAGUCGCCGUUGGCUGAAAUCUGUUUCCUCAGUGGCCUAAUCUCCGGGCUGAGCGAAGAGGAACUUCUGCAGACAGAUGAAGACAAUCGCACUGUACUGCUACACAUCCUGCUCAAGAGGGCUCUCAUAGUCCACGAGAGGUCUCGGGACUCUGGCUUUCUGCUAACCUGCGUCAAGAGUGUCCUUCAAUUGGUGAACCGCAUAGUGCAAUUGCUCAAGUCACACAAUGAAUACCACGUUGCCUUCACCAGGAAGCUCCUCUGCGAAAGGCAUACAGCGACAGAGCCACUCCUUCGCUUUGUUUGGUCGUAUUGGGAGCACUAUGUUGAUGCGGUAAGCCAACAUGCCAGGCUGAUCUUCAGGGGCAUCGUGGACAUGAACAUCCUGCUGGCAUCAAGCGAACAGGAGGCUCGUGCCUUCUUGGAGGAGUCGGCUGUGUUCCUGAUCGACCUGCCGUGGCACCGCAAGGGCAAGUACGACACGAUCGCCUACCUGGCCGAGGUGAUGGGCUGCUCGGCACUGCUGCGGCUGAGGCCAGCGCUGGUCACUAGCCUCCUGUCGGCCGCCGAGGAACCCACCAUGUGCUCAUAUGUUAAAGACUUAGUGCAGAAGUUAGCAUCCCUGCAUCGAAAGGAAGCCUGCACAGCUGAGUUCGAGCGUGCCUGGCUAGAGCCGUUUUCCUCGGCCACCAAGAACCAUUCCAGAGAGCUGCUUGUACCUCUGUUUCAGCAUGUCUUGCCUGUCCUCACUACCAUUCACCCUGGGACUACACAAUACGUAUUUGGCAAGCUUUCGGAGGACCGGAGUGAUUUCGUCCCGGCCACCCUGAAGUGUCUGCUGCUUGACAAGGCACUCAUUGAGUCUGGAAACCUGGAGCGAUGGCGUCAUGUCCUUCUUCAAGGAAUGUCCCACAGGGAUGUGCAGGUGCGGCUGGAUACACUUCAACUGCUCACUGAACAUCCCAAGUCGUGCGAGCCCGUGAAGCCACUGUGCCUGCGGCUGCUGCGCUCCUUCCUGCACCUCAACGUGAACAUGCAGGGAGCACCAUUCAGGCAGCAGAUGAUCUCCUGCAUCAAAAAGGUGUUGAACAGGAUCUUCGACAGCAGCACACUGCUUAACAGGCAGCUGAGGAGGGGAGAGGUGCCUGAGGAGCAAGCACAACGCAUUCCCUCGCAGCUGGAAGCGCAUCAGGAGUUUGUGACCUGGCUGCAUGGCGCAUGCAUGGAGCAGCUUUUCCCAGGUGCAAACUUUGGCCGCCGCUUCACGGCACUCGCGGUCCUGGAGGUCCUUGUUGCUGUCCACACUUUGAAAGGGGAGAGUGCCCAGCUGUCAGUGCAGUGGUCAUGGGAAGCGGUGCUUACGCUGAUGCAGUGCCUCAAAGACCCCUACGAGGCCAACAAGACAUCAGUGCUCCAGGUGCUUCUCGCUGUUCUGCCUGGAAUGCAGGGGAGACCUCAGGACGAGGGCUGGAUCGAAGAACUCCUGUUGGCAACUGUGGCGCUAACAAAAAGUGCCCGGCCUCCGGAUUCAGUCACGGCUGCAUACUUCCUCGAUCUCAUCUCCACGCUGAACCUGACUGCGAAAGUCUCGCAUAAGCUGUCUGAUUCACUCAUUGGUCUGUCUCCAUUGCUUGGAACUGCCAAAAAGCUGCGGAAGAGCCAGGACGAAGACGAUAGUGUCUUCUGGACAACAUUUCUGGUCCUGUCUGAGCUGGAAAGCCAGUUGAAGGUGGCCAAGAAAAACCUCCUUGAAGCUUCAUCGACCGGUCCAUUAUAUGGCGCUCUGAUCUCACUUCGUGCUCUUCUGAGGAAAGUCAAUUGGAAACAAUUGGCAAAGGAAAAUGUGGCCUCUUGGAAAGCAGUUUUGUGCCAGUCAAUGCAGGUAGCGUUUGAAGUGGCUACUGUGGUUGGACCAGUAGUGAGCAAUGCAUCUCCCGAAGGUCAAUUGGACAUUGCUGGAGAUCCAGGUCUUCUGGAGCAAAUGCAAGUUGCGCUACAAAAGGGUCUGGGCCGCAAGUUUGAGCUGGCCCCUGAGGACGGUGACGGGCCGUCUGUGGAUGCCAUAAAGAGCACCGCUGUGGUGGCGCAGAUGUUGCUGCUCUGUGGCUGGCGUGCACACCGUGAGGUGUCCCUCUUUUUUGGUGACAUCUGCGAGACAUGUCCGCUGGAAGCUGGACCUGCCAACAGCGGGAGUUUGCCUGUCGUUGAAGCAAGUGCUGUCCAUUGGCGACUUCUUCAUGGAGCAAAUGUCGACAGUGAGGCAUCGCGGAGCCUUUGAGCAAGCCUACACUGCUUUCCAAAAGCUUUGCCACAUGCUUUGGAGGUGCAAGCACCCAGAGUUGGCAAAGCUUCCUUCCACUUGGCUUGGGAACAUCAUGGCGGUCAUCAAAGAGAAAGGUGUCUGCGCCACACGCCGGAGCGCUGGCAUUCCCUUUAUGGUUCAG